GAUUCACGCCCAAUGGAAUGUGUCUGUCCUGACGUGGUUACAGCUACGCAUCUUGAAAAAUAUUUUGUUGUAAAAGGGAAAAAUAUGUCGAAGUGUUUAAUAGUUUUCUAAAACUCAUAUUCAAAUUUAUCGUCAGUAGUACCGAUGAAAUAUAAUGUUUUUCGUAUAAGAAUUUUAAUGUGAAUACUAGUUGAAUUAGGAGUAAGUUCAGUUGCACCAGCAGCAUAGUUGGCUCACAGGCUUGGUUCUCUUCGCCAUGUUGUUUGGGCAGGGCUGGCAACUUAUGAUUGACCAUUUUUGCGUUUGUAAUUAAGGUACUUCAUAGAUUUUAGUUUGUUUUCACAUUAUGGUUUCUUGUUCUUUGAAGUAUGAACCAGAUGCAAAAUAUAUAAUUAAUAAUUAAUUUUAUCUAUAUCAUCUUUUCCGAAGGCAUAAAAAUAAUGGAUCUUCCAGGGUCAUGCGGAAUAAAAACUAGCAUUAGUAUUUUGUACGAAAAUACAUGCACAAUUUGGAAAUUUUAGGGUUAUGGUUUUUAACAAAUUUGUUUAUAAUUCUAAAAGCACUAUAGCUCCCUUUUCAGAGUCUUGAGAAUAUGAAGCUGAGGAUAUGAGUGAUUGGUGAAUUGUGAUGUCUGGUUGUAUCUUCAAUUCACAAUGUCAUCCCCAAAACAUACCAUUUAUAUAGAG